CACCACUACAUCCAUACAACAAAGUUAUGUCCUUCCGUAUUCCGUAGUGAACUACGAGUUGAGAACCAGCGACCUGCCAGUGUACGGCCCUUCCAAACUUUCCUUGGACAUCAGUGCUGCGCGUUUCCUCUCUCCAUAUUGUAAGGUACGGCAUCAGCCUGAGGGUCGCGGUUCGGAGAAGAGGAAAAGAAAAAAAAAAAAAUCGACAACUACAAAGUUCUAGUUCAGUCGCCGAUACCAUGGAGUCUUCACGUGGCCCCCCAAGGGUCAAGAACAAGGCGCCCGCGCCGGUGCAGAUUUCGGCCGAGCAGCUCCUUCGCGAGGCCGUGGAUCGCCAGGAGACAGCCAUUCAGAAGCCGACGCAGCGGUUCGCCGAUCUCGAAGAGCUGAAGGAAUACCAGGGUCGGAAGCGCCGCGAAUUCGAGGACUACAUCCGCCGCAACCGCCUCCGCCUCGCCAACUGGUUCCAGUACGCCCAGUGGGAGCUCGAGCAGAAGGAAUUUGCGCGCGCCCGAUCCGUCUUCGAGCGCGCCCUAGAUGUUCACCCGAACAACACACAGCUGUGGAUCAGGUAUAUCGAAGCCGAGAUCAAGAACCGAAACAUCAAUCAUGCGCGCAACCUCCUCGACCGCGCAGUCACCCGGCUGCCGCGCGUUCCCAAGCUGUGGUACAAGUACCUCUGGGUCAUGGAGAUGCUUGGGGACAUCCCCGGGACCCGCCAAGUGUUCGACAGGUGGAUGAAGUGGGAGCCCGACGAGGACGCCUGGAAUGCCUACAUCAAGCUGGAGAAGCGGUACGGAGAAUACGACAGGGCGAGGCAAAUCUUUCGACUCUUCACGGCGGUGCACCCGCAGCCACGGACGUGGCUCAAGUGGGCCAAGUUCGAAGAGGAGUAUGGGACGAGUGAUAUGGUCAGGGAGGUGUUCCAGACCGCGAUCCAAACCAUUGCCGAGACAUUGGGCGACGACGAGGUCGACGAAAGGUUGUUCAUCGCAUUCGCCCGGUUCGAGGCACGCCAGAAGGAGUACGAGAGGGCGCGCGCCAUCUACAAGUUCGGCCUUGACAACCUCCCUCGGUCUCGGUCCAUGAACCUUCACGCGCAGUACACCACUUUCGAGAAGCAGUUCGGAGACAGAGAGGGCGUCGAGGACGUCAUCCUGACCAAGAGGAGGAGGCUGUACGAAGAGCAGGUGAAGGAGAACCCGAAGAACUACGACGUCUGGUUCGACUUCGCCCGGCUAGAGGAGAGCGGAGGCGACGCCGACCGCGUGCGAGAGGUCUAUGAGCGGGCCAUUGCCCAGGUCCCUCCUACCCAGGAAAAGCGCCACUGGAGAAGAUACAUCUUCCUCUUCCUCUUCUACGCCAUUUGGGAGGAGCGGGAAGCCAAGGACAUCGAACGUGCGCGGCAAAUCUACGACACGUGUCUGGGGCUGAUACCGCACAAGAAGUUCACAUUUGCCAAGGUAUGGGUGGCCAAGGCGCAUUUCGAGAUUCGUCAGGGACAGCUGGCGGUGGCCCGGAAAACCCUCGGGCGCGCAAUCGGGAUGUGUCCCAAAGACAAGCUCUUCAAGGAGUACAUCUCGCUGGAGCAACGCCUCUACGAGUUCGAGCGGUGUCGGACGCUGUACGAGAAGCACGCGCUGUACAACCCAUCAAACUGCCAGACAUGGAUCAAAUGGGCCGAGCUGGAACGGGGCUUGGACGAUCUGGACCGCACCCGCGCCAUCUUCGAGGUCGCGAUCAGCCAGCCCAUCCUGGACAUGCCCGAGGUGGUCUGGAAGGCAUAUAUCGACUUCGAAGAAGAAGAGGGCGAGUACGAGAGGACUCGCGCGCUGUACGAGCGUCUCCUCGAGAAGGCCAACCAUCCCAAGGUUUGGAUCAGCUACGCCCAGUUCGAGAUCAACAUUCCCGAGGCGGACGAGGGCGGAGAGGAAGGAGAGGAUGCCGAGGAGCGGCCGGUCAGCGAGGAGGCCAAGGCGCGCGCGCGCAAGAUUUUCGAGCGCGCGCAUCAGAGCAUGAAGGAUCGCGAUCUCAAGGCCGAGCGCGUGGCGCUGCUGUCUGCCUGGCAGGAGUUUGAGAACGUGCACGGCUCACCCGAGGACAUUGAGAGGAUCCAGAAGCAGAUGCCGCGCAAGACCAAGAAGAAGAGGAAGCUGGACGACGAUACCUGGGAGGAGUACGUCGACUAUAUCUUCCCAGCCGACGAUCAGCAGACCAAGAACCUGUCCAACCUCCUGGCCAUGGCGAAUGCUUGGAAGCAAACUGGAGGAAAGAUCACAGGCGGCGACUAAGGCUGUUCUUUUCCUUCUUUUACCGGGGGUGUAGGUUGAUCCAACAGCGUAUCCUUUCCAUGUUUCCCGAGACAACGGCGCCCGUUUGCUCAGCUCUGCACUGCGCUUCUUCUGCUUCCAAUUUAUAUAGUGUUCACCUCAGCACUCUUCCUUACUCAGCAAUCGUUGAAUCUAAAUGAGCCGCUCUACCUCCAGUCAACUGGGCAGGUUCCCAACAAGAUUCAUCUCAUUUCAGCAGCCACGGCGCCGAAGAAGCUGUAGAGGUUGGCAUUCUGGUGGUGGUCGGGUCUGUUCAUGGAUGACGGAGUCGUAGUGUAACGGUGGAGUAGGGUACCUAAUUCAGGAGUAAUGUAGGAAAAUAAGGGAUCAUCCGGAGUCGUUAUGAUCACUUCGACGCAUGUGGAAUCUAUUCACUUUAAAAGCCUGAAAGGCAAAAGGACCGGUCGUGAUUGCAGAUACAGAACAUGUCAUCAUC